AUGUCAAUUAAGAGUGUUAUUGUCUUCGGAGCCCAUGGUUUGAUUGGGCAACAUUUUGUUCGUCUUGCUUCUGGCGCCGGCUUGAAAACAACAGCUGUGAUUAGAAAUUCUGAGCAAGCAGCCACAAUUAAGCUGCUUGGAAGUGACAUAGCAACUAAGAGCUUCACUGUUGAUGAAGCUACCGUUGAAGAAAUCAGCAAAUCUAUUUCAGGGAAUGACGCUGUAGUUAUCACCGUUGGUUCUCGUGGAAAGAACUUACUUGGUGUUGAUUUAGAUGGUGUUGUGAAGGUUUAUGAAGCUUCAACAUUAGCAAAUGUGAGAAGACUCGUCUUGAUCAGUGCUGCACACGCUGAAGACAGAGAGUGGUUUUCCAAAACUCCCUUACACAACUAUUAUAUAGCUAAACAUUACGCUGAUCGUAUCUUACAAUAUGAAUUCAAAGAUAAAUUGGACUUCACUAUCUUGAAACCUACCAGGUUGACUGAUGGAGCGAGCACUGGCAAGAUCAAGUUCCUUGAGCCAAGAGAAGGUGAUGCUGAAAUUCAUAGAGAAGAUGUAGCUCAAGUCAUUUUGAAUAUUUUGGAUAAGAAAGCUACCUUUGGAAAGAGUUAUGAUUUUGCUAAUGGUAAUAAGGACAUUGAUAGUUCAUUUUAA